AAACCCUGCUCGAGCACGAGGGAAGGGACCUGAGAAGGUACAGGAAGCAGCCAGGUACCGCGUUUUUUUUCAACGACCCGGAGGAGUUGGAAAAGUUGAAGCUUUCCUCCGCAACAGCGAACUUCUGCAUCCCCGGUCCGCAACAGAACAGAAAUCCUGCAACUGUGCAAGCGAAGGAGCAAAUGGACGAAGGUCGUGGCGGCGACUUGCUCGCGGAUGCGCAAGCCGAGCUGGCGGCGAAGAAGAGGAUGAUGAUGAAAACAACUACAUUAAGCAGCUCCAUGCGAUCGAUCUCCUCCUCUCCGCAAAAGGUGAAGGGCCAUUCACAGUACAGCAAGACAGCGAGCUCCCCCUGGCAUGGUAGUAAAACUGCAAACGUGUACGAUGAGCUCGCGAGCAGCAGGAAGGCAAGAGAAACAGCCCCACACGAUCUCGACGGGUCAAACGCCGUCUACCUGAAGGAGAACUACGCACCGAUUCUCCGUGAGGACAAGCACUUGAAGCUUGUCACCACCCAGAACGAGAUGAGCAUCGGGCAGUGCGAAGCGCUGUUGAUAGAAAGGGUGGAAGAUUUUCAAAGAGCGAGAAAAGAAGCACUGGUGGAGGUAGG